CGCGCAUGCGCCAACAAGCGUUUCAGCUGUUGCGGACAAAUGGCGACGUUUCGACGGAUGGUGUGACAUUCCGACGGGCUAAAUGUUCCCGCUACGCUGCCCGGACGCGGCUGCAUAUACACGCGUAUCGAUUCGGGGACGCUGAGGACGGAGCUCUACGGCACGCAGCCCUGGACGUCUCGCUCUUAUCUCCCUUCCUCUUUUUUUCUUUCUCGCUGCGUCUUUCUCGCCGCUCGCGAUGGCUGCGGUGAACGCAAACGCGCUGUCCAGUGACAUAAGCCGUAGGAAUCCCCAGGACGAGUACGAGCUCAUCCAGAGGAUAGGCAGCGGGACCUACGGCGAUGUCUACAAGGCUAAGCGGCUCUCCAUGAAUGACCUCGCGGCGAUUAAGGUUAUCAAGCUGGAACCAGGUGAUGACUUUGCAAUCAUUCAACAGGAGAUCCUAAUGAUGAAGGACUGCAGGCAUCCAAAUAUUAUUGCAUAUUAUGGCAGUUAUUUAAGGAGAGACAAGUUAUGGAUAUGUAUGGAGUAUUGCGGAGGUGGAUCGUUACAGGAUAUAUAUCAUAUAACUGGACCAUUGACAGAAAUACAAAUAGCGUAUAUGUGUCGGGAGACUCUCACUGGUUUAGCAUACUUACAUAGCAUGGGCAAGAUGCAUCGUGAUAUUAAGGGUGCCAAUAUACUAUUGACUGAAGCCGGUGAUGUAAAAUUGGCAGAUUUUGGCGUGUCGGCACAGAUCACUGCGACGAUUAACAAGAGAAAGAGUUUUAUCGGCACACCUUACUGGAUGGCUCCUGAGGUAGCAGCCGUGGAAAGAAAAGGUGGUUACAAUCAAUUGUGUGAUAUUUGGGCAUGUGGUAUAACCGCGAUUGAAUUGGCGGAAUUGCAGCCGCCGAUGUUCGAUCUACAUCCAAUGCGUGCCCUAUUUCUCAUGUCCAAAUCUGGCUUCAAGCCACCGACACUGAAGGAUCGCGACAAAUGGAGUCCGACGUUUCAUAACUUCGUUAAAAUUGCCCUUACAAAAAAUCCAAAAAAGAGGCCCACAGCAGAGAAAUUGCUUCAGCAUGCGUUUUUCCAAGGGGAGAUGAGUAAGAGACUGGCUUUAGAAUUAUUGCAAAAAGUAUCCAAUCCCAGCCAUAUGUUCACGGAUAUGGAAGCCGACGAAGAUGGGGCUGUGCCCAAUGUUCCACAAAGAAUAGCCUCACGUCACACCGCAAGGCCUAGGCCAAAAAGUCCCAUAUCGCAACUGGAUAGUGACGAUCAAAUUAAUAUUGAUGGAGGGACAUUACAUAGAGACUCCGUAUCACCAUCUGUGGAUAGUAAUCCAGCAUGGGAUAUUAUGGAUAUCAUGAAUAACGUCAAGGCCGUGCAUAAUUGUGAUGUGCAUCCAGAUUGUGGGAUUGGAUCUGCGUUUGAAGACGUCCAGGAAAAUACACUUGGCGCGAUUCUUAAGACAAGUAAAAUAUCGAAACGUCAUAGCAAAACUGGCACAGAGAUAUUUCGUAUGUCUUUAAGGAGUCUAUUGCAGUACAUUGAUGAGGAGUUGUUGCUAAGGGGGAAUGCAAUGUCGAUGGUUGGUGGGCAUUGCGACCAGCUAUAUUCCCUGCAAGACACUACAUCAAUUGUGGUAUUCAAUGGCUGUCCACUGAGAAUACACUGUACCGCAAGUUGGAUUCAUCCAGACACAAGGGAUCAGCAUCUACUGAUCGCAGCAGAGGAAGGAAUUUAUAAUUUAAACUUGAACGAACUUCAUGAAACUGCAAUAGAUCAGCUAUACCCCAGACGUACCAUCUGGAUGUUUGUUAUUAAAGAUGUUCUUAUGUCUCUUUCCGGAAAAACGCCUCAGUUGUAUAGGCAUGAUUUGCUAGCGAUGCUAAGUAAACAGACUCAUAGAUUUUCAUUGCAUAUGAAUAAAAUACCAGAGAGAUUAGUCCCUAGAAAGUUCGCUCUUACUACAAAAGUACCAGACACAAAGGGAUGUACCAAAUGUUGCGUUGGGAGAAAUCCGUAUAAUGGGUACAAGUAUCUGUGCGGUGCGAUGCCGGCAGGUAUAUUCCUAAUGCAGUGGUACGAUCCAUUGAAUAAAUUUAUGCUUUUAAAACAUUUCGACUGCGUUCUACCGUCGCCUCUAAAUGUCUUUAAAAUGGUUAUCACGCCUGAAAUGGAAUACCCGAUGGUAUGCGUAUCGGUUAAACAGCCAUAUCAGCAAAACAAAUUAAAGCUGGACUUAAUUAAUAUGAAUUCGGGAGCGAGUUGGUUUCAUAGUGACGAACUGGAAGAUAUGGACGGCUCAGCAACUGUGAUACCAAGACGGGAGAAUUUGAACGUUAUUAACGUUACGCAAUUUGAGAAAGAUGCAAUACUCGUUUGUUACGAUAAUGUGGUGAAGAUGGUAACUUUACAGGGAAAACCCCGCAUUAGCAAGAAGCAGUUGUCAGAACUGCAGUUUAAUUUUCAAAUUGAAUCUAUCAUUUGCCUACCUGAUAGUGUAUUGGCAUUCCAUAAACACGGUAUGCAAGGUAGAAGUUUCAAGAAUGGCGAAGUUACACAAGAGAUUAGUGAUCCAAGUAGAACUUACAGGCUACUUGGCUCAGAUAAGGUUGUGAUGUUGGAGAGUCAUUUAGUUCACAGUGGCACGUUGACUGAAUCGGAAGGGGCGGAUUUAUACAUUCUGGCAGGACACGAGGCCAGCUAUUAAGCAUUGAUCCUAAAACAGCGAGCACGCGAUGAUUGAAUUAUGUGAUCGAACUGCAUGUAAUGUGAAACGACUACGAGAACGGUGAGAUUAAAAGUAUGUGAAGGUGAAAAUUUUACAAUUAAUUAUCUCACCGCGAACGUACGUGCACAACCGGCACAACCAGCGUGCAAUUUAAACGCUGCGAUUUAGUCGCUGCAAUUUAGUCGCUGUCUCUCCGUGUAGUCGAUAGUAUCGUAUAGACUGGUAAUUACUUACGGUAAUUUUUUUUAAACAAAAGUCUUAGGGCUAGGCAAUACUUUCAGUAGACACAAGUAAAGAUUUAAUAGGGAGGAACAGCGAAUUUAAUGAGAAGACAGAGUUAAAAGAGAAUAUGCACAGAAAAUUAUCCUUAUGCCUGAUCAAAUGAAGCUAAUAAUAGUCUUCGCUUCGAAGAGUGUUAAGAAUAAAGGCGAUUUACUAGUUUAAUUAACUAUAUACAUAUAAACUACGCUCUACGUAGGUCUACGAAAAGAUAGAACUUAAAAUGAAAUUUCGGGAAUAGCGUGUUGUCUUAGGAGCUGUGAAAGUAAUAAAAGCCGUAUCAAGUGGUCCAAAAUAAUCAGCCGCGUUGACGUGUUAAAGUUGAUAAUGCAACAAUGUGAUAUUUUUCUUCAAAUUUUCAUCUUUCCAUUAUCUCUACAACGAUGCACAGCAAAUGAAAAUAAACAGGACGAUCUAUUCUCGAAAUUUUGACUUUAUUUUAAAUAUUUUUUGGCAGUAGAUACAUAACUUUGCAGGAGCGUGAUAUAGAAAAUGUUCUCUGUGUUUUUCUGACGUUUUAACAUAUAGUAAAAUUAGCUAGCAUACCGCCUUACUGCAAGAGAAUCGGUUGCAUCGUUUUUAAACAUGAGAAGGUAAUGAAUUUCUUGUACAGAUUACACAUUUCCGAUUUUAUCUUUUUAGAAAUUGAAUUACAUUUAAUAGCUUUUAGCCUUCGAGAAUUGUUCAAUCGUAAUAGUAUAUAAUAAGAUUUCAACGUGUUUGUAUUUUUAAUGAUUACAAGAUUACUAGACGAGACGAUAUUUAUAUUCUUACACAAAAGAUCGCGUAGUUUUCGAAGGUUAAAGCGCUAUCCGGAUGGGACAUCCAAAUACGAUUUAAUGAGAUAGACAUGUCUUUGCUGUACGAGAUUUUCGUAUAAUCGAAUUUUCACAGAAUCUAUAUGUGUAACGUUAAUCGAGAUUAUAUGUGUAAUUCAGUAUGCGGAUUGUCUUGCUUUUACUGAAUUAAAUUUUCCGACGAAAGAAUUUUCUCGACGAAAAUCUUAUGGAGACAUGUCAUUUUUUUUAUGGCUUCUUCUCUUGACAUUAACUAUUCUAUAAUUUUGCACAUAGGAAAUAUGAAAUUGAAAAUUGAAUAAGAAAUACGAUAUAUAUUUCUAUUCAAUUCUACUUCAAAAAUUCUACAAUUUAAAAAUCUUUUGCUUUCCACUGUUUCUAGCGGAGUUCCUAGUACCCCAAGAAAAAAAAAAGACUUAUGAAAAAAAAAAAUUUAAUCCGAUCUGUUAGAAGUGCGAUGUCGUAUAUUCGAAAUCAAUAGAUCAUUUUAAAAAAUGACAACGAUAUAAGGAUAGUAAAUAAUUAGGAAGGAAAGUAAAUAAUUAAUGUAUAUCGACAUAAAAGCAUUUUUGAAGAAUUCCGUAAAAACGGAUUUCCCAUAGAGAUGGUACAAUAUCGUGUAUUUACGUAUACACAGUACAAAAUUCUCUCUACCAAAGUCGCAUUCUUGGAAACGUGUAUACUCAACUCAUACUACUAUCGAGCUUCAUUUCAUUGGGCAUGAGAUCACCUCAGAGGGGUGUUAUUUUUAUUAAGACAUUGUGUUCAUCAGUGUCUCUAAUUUUGGGCGAUUGUAAAUAUGAAACACGGCCAAUUUUUGUGCGACGACGAUAUCGGUUGCACGAUGUCGUUUAUCUCGAAGAUAUUCGUCUGCGCGUUUGUUAUACCCAAAUCGUUUUGCUUUCUACGCGACGUUAAUGCGACUACAAUAACAAUGAUACGUUAACAGCUUGAUUUGCACGUGAUGGUAAUUUAUAAUUGAUUUACGUUAUUUCGUUUUACAAAAGUAUUCCACCACAGAUCCACAAUGCGGAUUGUCAUCGAGUUAAUGCUCGGAUGAAGCGCCAUUGUGAUAUGUGCGACAAGAAGGGCCACUCAAACUAAACAGCGAUAUGGCUUCUAUAUGGAGCAAAUUUCUUUCAUCUGAUUUGAUCAAAGAAUCCAAAUCGCAGUUUUCAUCGUUCGAGUAGCCUUCUCCACAAAUCAGUCACAUAUGCAACUAUGCAUCAGAGAGCACAAUACGCAAAUCUGUUUGUAUAACAACUCCUUUAUAUCCAUAUAAUUUUCACGUUGACGAUGACGUUAUGAUCGUAUAUGCAUAUAUCUGUGAAACGACGAGCGGAAUAGCUUCCAUGUGAUCAGUCUUAAGACUGGGAGAAAUGCAUUUCUUUCGUUUUACAAUAGAAUUUCAUGAUUAUAUCCCGAAGAGAAAGAAUACAUAGGACUUAGACACGAAAAAUGUUUUAUAUUCACGUGUUAUAUAAUUUUUGGACUCGAUUGAUUUUCAAUGUCGUUUAAUUUAAUUUAACGAAAUUUUAUUUGCUUGUGUAAAUUUGAAUGUAAUAUUCGAAUAUUUCUAAAUAUUUGUUGUUCAUAAUCGAUCUACAAA